GCCAGUCAGUUAGUCUGUGAGAAAACGUCGGGCCGUUUGGUUGUUUUUGGGUUGUUCGCUUGAUUUUCGGUUGUUUUCAGUUGUUCGGCACGCAUUGCCUCCGCUUUGCCUGGGCGGCCUUUGGCUUAUCGAACGAAUUCGAAUUCGUUUCUUGCGGGCGGAAAACUCUGCGCACCCCGAAUUGCGCAUCAACCAAAAACGUAAAGAAAAACCAAAUUGUGAUCAAACUGUGUUCAAAAUGAAAACGCUUCAACAGCAAAUUGAAACGUAAUCAAGCAAACAGUGGAAGAGUUGGCGAUAUUGAAAGGCUGUCCGGAGCACAAUUCUAUAUAGAUAGCUUCAAAGGCAGCCCCCAAAACGGCCUGUCUGUCUAUAAGUGUGGGCUGUCCGACUUUCCGUCUUUCUGUCUUGCCGUCUGCUGCCCCCCUGGUGCAAACGCAUGAGUUCUGUCAACGAAAUGACAUGCAGCAUCUGUCUAUGUAGCCGUAGACCAGGACGUGCUGCUGUGUCUCAGUUGUUGCUAUUUUUAUGAGCACACUGCUCUCUCCAAUCUAAAGAGGGACGGCCCCGACGACGACGGAUGCGUGGCCCCAUGAAAAAUCAAUUAACACGCAGAAUUAUUAAAAACGACCAACAAACCAAAAAAACAGAAAAGAAAAACGAAUAACGAAACCCAGCUCCUGGCUGCAACGAUCUUGGGCUGUGUAAUUUUUAUAACUUCAAAGCAGCUGCAGCGCUAUGUUGCGCCUCUGUGGAUUUCGGAUUGGAUUUGGAUGGCUGCUGGCCGUGCUGCAAGUACUGCAAGUGCUGCAAACGGCUAGCACUAUGAAAGUUUCGCUAUACGGCGAUGGCUAUGUAUCGAUGCCGCUGCAGGAGGCCAAAAUGUCAACGAAUAUACGCGUCAAGUUUCGCACCAGGCAGGCGGAUGCAUUGCUCUUUCUGGCGGCGGGUCGCACCGACUACUGCCUGCUGCGACUGGAGAGCGGCCAGAUCAGUUUCAGCUAUAAAAUCGAACGGGAUGUGGUCCAGCUGCGUUCGCCCAAGAAGCAGCCACUUAACGACCUGGAGUGGCACGAUGUGGCCGUGCAGCGUUUCGAGAACAAUGUCACCUUGCAGGUGGACGGUCACAUAAUGCGCAAACAGCUGCCAAACGAUUCGCAAGCUUUGAAUGUGCAUUUUGGCACCUUUCUCGGCGGCGUUGGCGAUUUUACGGCCGAGUUUCUCAACGAUGUCAUCGGCUUUCGCGGCUGCAUAUCGGACGUCUUUUACAACAACAUCAACAUCAUAAAGCGUGCCAAAGAUCGCACCGGCCACACGACCAGCACCGGAGUCGCCUGGACCUGCAGCAAUGAGUUCGAUGGCGGUGUUCAGGAUAGCAUCAGUUUCCUGAGCAAUGAUUCCUUUGCGCUUAUGCUCAAGGAAUCCCAUGCCACGGGCGAAAGUCUCUCGUUUCAAUUUCGCACCAUGACGGAGUCGGGCACGGUGUUCUUCAAUGGCGGCUACGACUUUCUGCUGCUGGAGAUUGAGGAUGAGAAACUAAAGCUGACGUUUAACAAGGCCGGCAGCCUGGUGCAGUUCAUGACAAAUGAGACAAUCGCCGAUGGCAAAUGGCAUCGUGUGGUGUUGCGCUAUAAUGCCGUCAUGGCGGAGCUGCAGCUGGACGAUGGGGCAGCGGCAUAUCGAGGAGAGCACGCUAAUGAGACCAAGGCAAGCAUAAAUCUUGAGAAGAGCGUCUUCUUUGGCGGCGUGCAGGAGGAGAUGCGCCGCCGGCUGAUCAACAAAGGGCUGCGCAUCAAUGAGCUCAGCUUCAAGGGCUGCAUGCGAAAUCUUCAAGUUAACAGCCUGGCAUUGGGUUUCGCCGAGAUGAGCAUCUCCCGCCACUUGGCCCUCAACUGUGUGUGGAAGUAUCCGUGUGUGGAGCACAGUCCCUGCCUCAAGAGCGGCAUAUGCAGCCAGCAUGGCGUGGAUGAGUUCAUAUGCUAUUGCGAUCAGUCCUACUGCAUUAAGGCCGAUUUUCAGGGUCCAUUCAAAAUCUUCACGGAGACCAGUCCGGAACUGGAGCUGCUGUAUGUGUCGCCCAUGCAGCUGCUGGAGGGCGGCACCGCCUUCCUCUCGCCCCAGCACAUCGAUGUGCUGCUCGACACACGGCGCUAUCCCAGCCUCAACGAGCAGUCGAUUGCCUUCCAUGUGGUGCAACCGCCCAAAUAUGGCCAAUUGCUGCAGUAUUCGCCGGAGAAGGCCAACUUUGUGCCCUGCCGCAGCUUCAAUCUCGUCGACUUGGCCACAGACAAGCUCAAGUAUGUGCACAAUGGAUUGGAGAACUUUAACGACCACGCCACACUAGAUAUGCAAAUCUAUGGGGAUCCGCACAAGAUACCCGAGAACAUACUUGGCAAGCAUCGUUUCCUGCUCCAUGCGAACAUCACGGCUGUCAACGAUCCGCCCCAGCUGCAGCUGAACUCGCACAAAAUUCUGCGCGUCAUUGAGGGCAUCGAGCGGGUGCUGGACGUGGAUCUGUUCAAUAUCGCCGAUCCGGAUAGUGAGCCCAGCGAUUUGAUCUAUACCAUAAUGCCGUCGGCCAAUUCCCAGGAGGCCUUUGGCCGCUUUAUGGUUGGGGGCAUACACACGAUGACCUUCUCGCAGGCGGACGUGAAUGUGGGCAAGGUCUCCUAUUUGUACAAUUCGACCACAACGGAAGCAUUUAGCUAUCAGCUGCUGCUGCAGGUCUCCGAUGGCAUCGAGACCAGCGACACAGUCUAUUUACCCGUCUCGGUGCAUCCCUUGGAGCUGCGUGUGGUCAACAACACGGGCCUCAUCAUGAUACACAAGAGUUCCCUGCUGCUGUCCCCGGCCAAUCUCUCCAUUGGCACCAACGCGGUCGACGAGCACAUCGAUAUACGCUACGACAUUGUGAAGCCUCCACAGCAUGGCGCACUGCAGCGUCUGCGACAGAUCGAUGGCACCUGGAUCAACGUGGAAUGGUUCACCGAUAGCCAGCUGCUGCUGGGACACAUACGGUAUCUGCACAGCAGCGAUUUCCCUUGGCAAGACGAAUUCAAGUUCAUUGCCUCAUUUGGUUUUGUGACAACGCAAACCUUUGACUUUCGGAUAACCUUCACCCGGCUGCGCAUUGCCAGCAGUUCGCCAGCGGUGAUCGCAAUCAAUGGAACGCGUGAAUUUCUGCUGACCAACAAUCUGCUGAACUAUGAGACGGUGCCCAUUGGCAGCUUCUCGCGCAAUGUCAUCUAUAAGAUCAGCAAGCCGACCAAAUAUGGCGGCAUCUAUGUGGAGGGAUCACGCAAAGCGGCCAAGCAGAUGGACUCGUUCACGCAACAGGACAUAGACAAGCGGCGCAUACACUAUAAGACGCAUCACAGCUGCUACUCAAGCUUUACGGAUCAUCUGGAGUUUGUGGUGUCUGUCGCCGAGUGCGACGAUGUCGUCGGCAAGCUGCAGAUCAUAUUCAAUCCGUUGACCGAGCUGACACACAAGCUGCACUAUCAGAAGUUCGAGACGGUGCAGGUGCAGGAGGGCGAACGGGCGUUGAUUACGAAAAAUCACUUCGAGAUACGCUUCAAUAUCUAUGAGAGUCUGCAGUUCCAGGUGUCUGUGCCGCCGGCUCAUGGUCUGGUGUGCAAGUACGAUGAGCAAACGGGCCUGACCACGCCCAUCGAGCUGUUUACGCUGGAGCAGCUGUUCCGCAACGAUAUCUACUAUUGUCACGACGAUACGGAGUCCACGCUCGACGGCUUCGAGCUGCUCAUACUGUCCAGCGAUGAGACGGAUCUACAGUUUGUGGCCAAAAUGGAGGUGCACAUCAAGCUGGUCAACGACAAUGAACCCUAUCGCAGUGCUGUCGAGCGUGUCUUCCACGUGGUGCGCAACGGCAUACGCACACUGAAUCCCACUGCGCUGCAGUAUCUCGAUGCGGAUGUGAAUACGAAUCACACCGAUAUACAUUAUAUACACGUGUCCAGCACCAAUGGCGCCUUCUAUAAGUCUGGCCAUUUUAUAGACAGCUUCAGUCAGGAUGACAUUGCCAAUCGGCGCAUUAUGUUCCAGCACAGCGGUCCGGAUGUGGGCACUGCCUCGUUCAUUGUCACGGAUCGGGAGCAUGAGGUGAAUGGACAGCUGGAGAUACGCGCCUCGGAUCCGUUUGUGUCCAUGCUGCCCGCCAACGCGUCCAUCGUACAGGAGGGCAAAUUCGUAAUACUCAAGAAUACGGACUUUGUGCUGGAAACCAAUUUGGACAUGAAGCUGGAUAGCAUCUACUAUGAGGUGAUCAAACCGCCCGCCUAUGGCAUACUCAUGUAUCUGAGCGGUCAGCGGGGUGGAGCGGACCGGGAGAACGGCACAGUCAUGCAUAAGGCCACGAAUUUUACAUCCCUGGGCAACUUUACGCAUUUGGAUAUCGAACGCGAACGUUUGGUCUAUUGGAAUACGGAAAUUGCAUCGAUGGAUAAAGUGAGAUAUCGUGUGCACAUUAAGAACAUAACAGCUGAGGGCGAGGUCAUCUUUCGGAUCUAUCCGUCGGCCUAUUGGGAGCCGCUGCAUGUGAAACAGAAUCACACGCUCUAUGUGGAGGAGUCAACGAGUGUCCUAAUCUCACGUGACAUUCUGGAGGUCGUGCAUCCCAACAUUUCGCCGGGUGACAUAACCUUCCUGGUAACUUCGUCGCCAAUGCACGGAUAUCUGGAAAUGCAGUCAAUGUCCUUUGACGAUGAAUACAACUGCAAGGUCUUUGAUCAGUCUUCGGUGAAUACGGAAAAGAUGUUCUAUAUUCAAGCGGGCGUUAAUCAGUCCUCGGAUUACUUUGUGUUCGAUGUGACCAACGGGAUUACCUGGCUGCGUCAGCUGAUGCUGAAGAUCGUCAUCAUACCGGAGAAGCUGUACAUGCACGCGAACAUCAUCUCCGUGGUGGAGGGCAAGACGGUGCAGCUGAGCGCCACGGAUAUACAGCCCUAUUCGGAGUAUUAUCGGGGCAAGAUACUGGAGUAUAUAGUCACCAUAACGCCCAGUUCGGGUCAUAUAUUGGCGGGCAGUUCAAAGGUCAAGCGCUUUACCCAGAAACAACUCGAACAGGGCAGCAUACAGUAUGUGCACAAUGGCAGCGAGAAUAGCACGGAUAGCCUCACCAUGGUUGCCAUGGCCAGGAACAAGGAGAGCGUGCCCUUUGAACUGGAGCUGGCGGUGGUGCCGGUCAACGACGAGGAGCCCAUGAUGGUCACCAACACGGGUCUACAGGUGUGGAACGGCGGUCGCUAUGUCAUCCGGAAUACAGAUCUAUUGGCCCAAGACUAUGACACGCCGCCGGAGAAUCUCACGUACAUUGUGCAUCACAUUUACGGCGGUUACCUGGCCGAGAAAUCCUCCACUCUGCACAAGAUCGAACAGUUUACGCAGGCGCAGAUCAAUGCCGAGAAGAUCUAUUUCAUGCACGAUGCGAACUCCCGAAGGAACGAGCUCUCCUUUGUCGUCACGGAUGGACUCUUCAAUACCAGCACCCAAUUGCUGAACAUAGAGAUCAAACCUAUUGAGAUUCUGGUCGAGCGAAAUGAGAAUCUGCAUGUCUUUCCGCUCACGAAGAAGCAAGUCCUGCGCGAUCAUUUGCACUACAAGUGCUCGGACGAGGAGCGCGAGAUACGCUACAAUGUGACAGUUCCGCCCAGUUUGGGCCGGAUCGUCAACGAGUAUCUGGGCAAUGGCUAUGCGAAGGAGAUCAGCGAGUUUACCCAGAACGAUGUGGACAACGGGCACAUCUUCUAUGAGCACACGGCGGUCAUUAUGGAGUUCCGCAUCAAUGAUUCCUUCUACUUUGACGUGGUGGCCGAGCGCAGCGAUCGCCUGUUGGACCAGAAGUUCAAUAUUGAAAUAUCGGUAUCAUCGGGUGGCCUAUUGCGAUUUCUGCCCGUUUCCAAGCUAACCGUGGACGAGGGCGGCUCGGUGCCCAUCAAGCUGGAUUUCUCCAAAAUCUUGGAAUAUCUGAAGACACGUGCGGGCAUCAACAAUCCGGAACUGUUUAUAGAGGCCGCACAGAAGCCCUCGCACGGCAGCAUUGGUCUUGGCCACGAGUUAAAGUCCAUGCAACGAUAUCAUCCCAGCGACUUCUUCACCAAGAAGGUGUACUACAUACAUGACCACACGGAUACCCUGGAGGACACCAUACUCAUGGGCGUGUAUCUCACGCAGGGGAAUAUAUUUUUGUGCAAUUUGACAAUACCCGUGUCCAUAAAUCCGAUCAACGAUCAGCCCUUCCAGCUGGUCACCCAUCUGCCGCAAAUGACGGUGGUUGAGGGCGAGAAUCGAACGAUAACACGCAAUGUGCUGCUCACAGAGGAUAAGGAUACGCCGCCGGAGGAGAUUAUUUACGAUGUGAUGAGCGGCCCGACGCUGGGCGUGCUCAAGAAGUUGAACAACGAUGGCCAGCCGGAGGAGCUGCUAGCGUUCUCCAAUCAGUUUACGCAGGCGGACAUUAACAAUGAUCGCAUUAUCUACGUGCACUUUGGCAUGCCGCAGUCGACGACCUUCUGCUUCACCGUGACCGAUGGCCAGUUUAAUCCAGCCUAUGAGAUAUUCACGAUUAGAGUGGCGCCCAUAAGUCUGCUGCCGGCGGGCACACAGACGCCCGUGAGUCUGCAGCAGGGCGCGACCAGUGCGCCGAUGAGGCUGGAGCAGAUUGGCCUGAGCACGAACGUGCAGCUGGAGCGCCUCUCCUAUAACAUAACCAAUUCGCCGCUGUAUGGCAUCAUCUUGUUUAAGCAUCAGCCGACCCUGAGAUUCAAUCAGCAGCAGCUGGAGACAUCGCAGAUUAGCUACAUGCAAACGGAUCUCAAUCGCUCCAACGACACGUUCCAGGUGAGCGCCUAUGUGCCGGGCAGCAACUAUGCCGCCCAGGUGGACGUGCUGGUCCAUGUGGAGCCGGUUAUCAAGAUCAACGACAUUGCCAUGCGUGAGGCGGAGGCCGGCACGGGUGCGACGGCUGGCAAGAUCCGGCUGACCAGCUAUCUGGUGAAUGACAAUCCGCUCUCGCUGAAGCUGAACAAAUUCAAUCCCAAGUUUGUCAUAACGCGCAUGCCGACCACGGGUCAGCUGCGGAAGAUCAUACGCAGCAGCACGACGGGCUUCAAUGGCGGCGAUGCCCAGAACGAACGCUCCACCAACAUCUUCUCGUACAAGGAACUGCGCAGCGGUGUCGUCUACUUUGUGCCGCACGCUUCCGUGGAUGAAACGGAGCCGGACACCGAUAGCUUUGACUAUCAGCUGCUCAUCAAAACCGUGCAGCCGGCACAGGCCACAGUCGCCAUUGAGUAUCGCGCCCAGUUGCAGGAAACGGAAACGGUGCAUCUGGGCAAUGCGGAUAUAUCCAUUAACUACCUGGCCGUGGGCUGUGCCCUGUUCAUACUGCUCAUUUGUCUGCUGCUUGUGCUGCUCUUGCUGAAGAUGCGGCAUAUGCGCAAGCGUAAGGCGGACAUAUCCAAGGAUCAGCCGCCGCCGCUGCCCUGUCCGCCGGACCUGACAUCGGUCAGUCCACAGCAUCACCAUCAUCAUCAUCAUCAUUAUGCCAGCUCCGAAGCGGACUCGGUGCCGGCAACUGGAAAUUCCACGCCGCUGCCGGGCUUUAGCAAUAUACCGCACUGCAAGAUCAUACCCGUGGAAUCGUACAAGCACGAGUAUCCCGACUACGAUCCCGAUGAGGAUGAAACGGACGAUCAGUGUGAUCCGCAGCAGAUGAUGCUGCCGCAACGCUACAAUCCCUAUCACGUCGAUCACGAUGCCUGGAGCUCGUCCUGCGACAUGGCCAACGAUUUUGCCGGCUAUGCAUCCGUGCCGCAGAGCAUAUCGAUUUCCGGCUCGGUUAGCUCGCCGACCUCGGCGCCGCCCACAAAUCCGUUGCUGCGCAGAAAUCAGUAUUGGGUCUGA